UGAGCCCCUCCUCCUGUUUCUUGCAAAAAUGGCUUCCGAGUUCCCUGUUGCUUCUUUCGUUCAAAAGCAUUCCCUGGAACUCCCAGACGCUCUGGGAAAGCUCCUGGAAGCGAAAAUAGACAAAAAGGACCUCUCCUUGCUGAAAUGGGAAGAGAUCGGAGACGGAAAUCUUAAUUUCGUCUACAGGAUAUGGCUAGGCCCUGCUAAGGAGGAUCCUGCAAGCAUUGAUGGAUCUGAGAUCACUGCUGUCAUUAAAUUUGCACCUGAAUACAUCAGAUGUCUUGGUCCAGCCUACUUGCUAACCCAGUCAAGGCUUGAGUUAGAGUACGAGACAAUGUGUCGCUUUCACAAGCUUCAGCCAUUUUGUGUUCCUGCCCCUUUCUUCUAUGACAAAGAAAUGAGUGCUGUUCUAAUGCAAGAUCUUUCCGGAUACCAAGUAAUGCGCUCUGAUCUAAACAAAGGCGUGGUCAAUACUCAAACUAUUGAGAAGGUCAUGACUGCCAUAGGAGCUGCUCACUGCUUGACUCUUAAGGAAUCUCUUGGAGAUAACGAACACAAGACAUUUUGUGAAACUUUCAAAAACACAGCAAUGGUCUCCAUCACUGAGCUUUAUGUAUUUGUCAAGCCAUAUCGUCACGAAGACGACACGAAUAAACACCAUCCACUCCUCAAUGAAGAGGCUCAGAGGUUGAGGUCUAACAAGGAGGCAUGUCAGAGGGCGGAGUCAAUGAAGAAGCUGUUUUUAGAGGCUCGUCAGUGUUUGUGCCACGGGGAUCUCCAUACUGGAUCUGUUAUGACUCUUGGCAAUGAUGCUAAGAUGUUUGAUCUCGAGUUUGCAUUCAUGGGCCCUGCAACAUUUGACUUUGGAACGUUCCUGGCUAACAUCAUAUUUUCAAUCUUGCACCAUCACUGCCUCAAAAAUAGUAAAGCAGCAUCUCUGCUACAAACUGAAGGUCUCCAUUCUGCAAUUACUAGCUACACUCAAUCAGCAGGGGGCACUAUUGUUACUGAUGAUUCUUUCAUUCGUGAUACUUGUGGUUUUAUUGGCUGUGAGCUAAUAAGGAGAGUCGUUGGUGCAGCUCAUGUUUCAGAUCUUGAUGACCUGCCGGAAGGAGAAUUGCUCUCACUUCAAUUGGGACAAGAUUUCCUUCAGCUUCAACCAGAACCUAACCAAGACCUGAUGACAAUCGUCACUGAACUGUUGACUAAAAGACUAUAAAUUAUUUAUUUCCUGAUCCCAUUAAUUUGUCCUUUUUAAAAAAAGCUGGGCAAAGUACCCACGUGGCAGCACGUGUGCUAAUAACACUCA